UUAGUAAAUAAAGAUGGUGGCAAAGUUUGAGCCGUGUGGCGUAUCGCUGCUCGGAAAAUGUCUGAUAAAAUGAGGUGGAAAAUAAAAACCGGAGUGAUAUCGUCGAUAAAUAAAAACGAAACAAGGACCCAGUGUUAGGGGUGUUAGAAAGGACACCAGCCGACGUGUAAAUAGCCGAGUAACCGGAGAGGAACUGCAACAAAAAGAGGAUAAUUUUUCUCCAGAGUUCAGAGCAAGAUAAAAAACAGUCAAGAUGGUGGUCGGUGAAGCAAGUAUACACAAUAUAAUGGGGGGAAUGGAGAGCACAGGAGGAGUGCGUCUUCACAAUCACAAGAGAAAAUUAAAACAGCGAUUCGAUAUUAUUAAAAAACUAGGACAAGGCACCUACGGUAAAGUCCAAUUAGGUAUAAAUAAAGAGACUGGCCAAGAAGUUGCUAUAAAAACAAUAAAAAAAUGCAAAAUUGAAACUGAGGCCGAUCUUAUUAGGAUACGGAGAGAGAUACAAAUCAUGUCGAGUGUACAGCAUCCCAAUAUUAUUCACAUAUAUGAAGUGUUUGAAAAUCGGGAAAAAAUGGUACUCGUCAUGGAAUAUGCAGCCGGUGGUGAACUUUAUGAUUAUUUAAGCGAACGAAAAGUUCUCUCAGAGCACGAAGCAAGAAGAAUAUUUCGUCAGAUAUCCACAGCUGUUUAUUAUUGCCAUAAGCAUAAGAUUUGCCACAGAGAUCUUAAGUUGGAAAACAUACUAUUGGACCAAAUUGGAAAUGCAAAAAUUGCCGAUUUUGGUCUCUCAAACGUUUUCGACGAGCAGAGAUUGCUCAGCACUUUUUGCGGCAGUCCGUUAUACGCUAGUCCUGAAAUCGUCAAAGGGACACCUUACCAUGGCCCGGAAGUUGAUUGUUGGAGCUUGGGAGUACUUUUAUACACAUUAGUUUACGGUGCCAUGCCAUUUGAUGGCUCUAAUUUUAAAAGACUAGUCAAACAGAUUUCACAAUCGGACUAUUUCGAACCAAAAAAGCCAUCCCCUGCCUCCCCACUAAUCAAGGACAUGCUGACGGUUUGUCCGACGAGAAGAGCGGAUGUUGAAAAAAUUUGCACACAUUGGUGGGUGAACGAAGGCUAUGAACAAAAUUGCCUCGAUAUAGCAGAAGAUUUGGCAGCUCAAACUCCGGUCAGAUUGGAUCUGUUACUUUCAUUGGUACCUCAGUCAGCUAGUGCUGACAAAUUAGUCGUAGGCGAUCAGCAAGCCACUGGCGAUGCGACCGGAAAUAUGUCCACCGAGACUCUGGUUCCAACCAGGUGUCAUUCCGUUGGUAGCUUGAUGGAAUUAGAUCAGAAUAAUUCCGACAGAAGAAUAAGAGAAAUGGUUGACGAAGAGCCAAGGUCAGCUACAACUGGUGAUGCCAAAAGAAAGUUGGAAACUACGCCGUCUAUGGACGAAACAGCCGCGGCUGGUGUUAAAAGGAAAGAAAGAUCCAGACGAAAAGAAAGGACGGAGGAAAGGGAACCCAGACAGUAUAGAUCUGGCACUAGACAUUAUUCAGCUCCCAUACCAAACCCAAUAGAGGAAGCAAUGGAAGUGGAUCCAUCUGCGCUGGUAACUGUUCCUACAAGUAAAACAGUUGAUAUAAACCACCUUGAAGGUGUGGCAGCUUGCCUCGAGUUGAUCGAAGAGUCGAAAGAAAAGGCACUCAGUCAUGAACAAAGUAAAACACCGGUAGUACCGACGCAAGAAGCUGAAGAAACGAUAGGUAAAAAGUUGCCGGAUGAAAAAGUAGAGCUAAAAGUGCAGACUGCUGUGAAACAAGAUGUAGACAGUGAAACAGUGGAUAUCCACGAGGAGGAAACUGAUGCCAAAUCAAUAGAAAAAACUGUACAAAGUAGCCCUGACGAUAAACCAGUUGUGACGUCUAAUGAGACAAAUGAGAAACUCUCUCAAGAUAGCCAGAUAGAAAACACUAAAUCUGAGGUGCUGACAAAGGGUAUAACUGCUGCGACUGAAGCUGAGAAUAACGAUGUUGUGCUGAAAAGUGAAGAGUCUUCUUCCGAAGCUGUGGUCAAAUCCGAGGAAGUUAGUAAAGAUGAGAAGAAGCCUGUAAAAAAAUUAAAGGAAAAAUCACUUUCUCUAGAUUCUGAUGUAGUUAAUGACACUUCAGAAGUACCAGCAAGGCCAGUUGAGAGACGUCGAUCUAAGAUCUUUGAAACUGCUGAAAAAUUCAACCAGCUGGCAGCUACUACCGAAAGUGAUAAACCAAAGAAGAUUUUCAUUCCUGGAGUAAACGUCGGAGGUGCCAAGCGUGCCUUUGAGCGCAAAGCCAGUCUUUCGUCAAUCACACCACCUCAAACUACAAAACACAGUGCAUCCAAAGUUAUUAUCGAAGUGCCUGCAGUUGCAAGGGACGAUAAGAUACCGGAAAAGAUCAGCAACACCCCAAGUACGGAAAAUAAUAACAAUAAAGCGGACAAAUGCUUGCAGAGCAAACUCGAUGAAGAGAAGAAACGUGCUGUAGACAUUAUCACCGGUGCAAUCGGUAAACCACCGGUAAUGAAAAAAACCAAUGGAUCACCUCCAACUUCUCCCCAGAAUCAUAGUGCCAACAAAUUAGGACUGAAAGUGCAAGUCGGACCAAAUGACUUGAGGAAUGCCACCGUGUCAGUUUCCACACCUGUUGAGACUAAGUUCCCAUUCGAAUCAAAGCCAGUUUUGCAGGCAGAGGCGGUGCCAGGUGCGGUUGAAUCAUCAAAUAUGAGUGGCUCCGUUCCAGACGAACCAAAGAAGUCGAGUAAAAUGGAAAUCACUUUGAAGAGUGCCACCUUACCCAGACCGAGAAAGACUAGCAAGGCCGAAAUUACAUUAGCUGGAGUCAAAUCAGCAGACAAUACAGCAUUCAAAUCCGAAGUAGAGGCCAAGAUUGACGCCUUCCAUCCACAAAAAUUGAGAACACAAAGAUCAGAGGUUGCUUUCCCGGUCGCUGCUGCCGUACCUCAGGCUAACAGAAGCUCCAGCUUAGAACCAGAAAACAGGAUGAAAAAUAUACCAAAGGAAAGAAUUAUACCUAUUCAGGUUGAAUCUGGGCGUCAGCUCCCGCAGCAAGGACCAUCAACGCCACCGUCGAAACCACCAAUGCCGCAGCGCUCCAUGUCUCAACGAUCAGGUUCACUUUCUCGCCAAUCUACUGCUGACUCUGAUACCGACAGUGCAUUAGGCUCGACUACGGGACCUGAACCAAUUCGAAAGAGUCCUAGGGAAUAUAUAAUUCCCAUCGCAGUAGAGGGUGGUGGAUAUGUCACACCCAGAUCAGGCAGUUUAGAACCUGAAAGUAAGGCGAGCACGCCGACUAGCACUAGUGCGCCCAGAUCAAGAUUUGGACGACCAAGAAGAAUGAGUUCUUUAUUAUCAGAUGCCAGUGAAGAUGAAUCUCCGUUCUCAACAUUGCAUAGAGAUAACGAUGAUAUUUUGCAACGACAUAUGCAUCGGUUAAGAAGUUCCAGACCAUCUAGGAAAGCACCGGAACAUGCAGAUAGUUUGUCAUCAGGAGAAGAUGACGACGACGAUGGAUUUGAACUUUUAACUGCAGAAAACUUGUUUUCCACUUUAUUAUCUAGAGUUAGAAGUUUGACUCAAAGACUUAAUGUAGAUGACAACAGAAGUACAGGAUUUCCAAGCAGCAGACUACUCGGUAGAUUAGGAUCUAAUUCGCCGCAAGGUUUUUGGGGUGUUCACGAACCAUUAUCCAGCUACCAAAGCUAUACCGAGACAAGGACUGUGAUAACGCGGUUGUCAGAGUCGCAGUUCAGACGUUCGUUGAGUCGUGACACGGAUAGAUUUGGCAGAAAGGAGCCUUCAAACCCGGGAACUCCGAACAGUCCUGGCCCACGUAAUACACCCUCACGAGAGAGCAUCUUUGAAAUGGGUAGCAACACACUUCCACGAGAUAAAAAUCAGCACGAAAACACCGAUGCCGAGGUAUCGCAAAUUCGGAAGCAGGCGCAAGAAACAUUAGAGCAAAACUUCACGCCGAGCUUAGCACGCAGGUUGAGUAGACAUUUCAUUGAACAAACAAGGCAAUCGUUACCCAGAUCUCCAUCGAUACCUCGUGAGAAAAACUAUCAAUCGCCUACUCAAAAAAUGAUGAAUUUACUCGAAGGCUCCGAUAUAGAAAGUCAAAAUCCCAGCUCUACAACGUCGGAUCAAACAGAAUACAGAGGAAAAUCAGCUGAAAGAAACAUCAAGAGAUCGAACAGUUUAUUGGUAUCGCGGGACCUGGCUGACAAGCUAGAUUACCGAUCACCUAGAAGAAGCGUCAGCCUAUUUGAGGAUGAUGAUAAAUCACUACCACCGUUACCUAGACACGUCAUGACGCUUGGUAGGAAAUACAGAGAUUCAGGGAAACCCAACAAUGGCGCAAUACGCAGAGAAAAUUUUCAAAAUUUUAAAAAUGAUAAAAUUCAAGAGGAAACCUUGGAUGAGUCAUGUAAGACUCCUAAUAUCAAAGUGGAUAGUGUUGUCAAUGGUUAUGAAAUUGGUCAAACUUUGGAGGGCAAUUCUAUGUCUGUGUCUAGUUCCAUUAAUAAUUUCGUAGAUACUGCAUCUAGCAUGUCAGCAAAAUCAAGUGAAACAUCUCCCAAUGCAUCAACAUCCAACUUGAUGGAUUACAAUUACUCGUACAAAUCUGAUGCAUCAAAAGAUUUCGAAAACAGACUCCUGGCUGCAGAAAAUCUUAUAAAGGAAUCAAAGCUGAAAAAUUUAGGCCCAUCAAGUCUUGAUAUAAAUCUUAACUCGAGUUACAGAGAUAUGGACAAGUGUAACAAAGAAAGUCUUGGAUCUAUUUCAGAAACCAAUAGUGCAGACAAGCGACGUAGUUAUAUUCCAAGCCUACGAUUGAGAUCCGGAUCAUUGACUAGAGACCCAACUGAAAAUAAAACCCGUCGCAGCUCUUUCACUGGAUCACAGGAUGCGUUAGGAGCCAGAGCUCCAACUCCAGAAAGAUCGAUACUAAGUAAAUUCUUCAAACCUGACAGGAAUAAAGAUAACGAUACUAGAGGAAAGCAUCAAAAAGCUGGUGGACAGCGUAGAAUAUCGAGAUUUUUGCGACCUGAUUUCUUUGAUACACCUCGCGAAGAAAGUCAAUAUGUCAAAGAGAAGGAAGCACAAAAAGCUGCAGAAAAUGAGCGCAGAAAGUCAAGAUUUAUUAAGAAGAAGAGCGAGAGUAAGGAAUCGAAAGCGGACAAAUCUUCAGAAGCAAAACCUCCCAAAGAACUGAAAAACGAAGCAAACUCUAUCACCAAAGAACAGUCAGAGAUUUCAUCUAAGGAUGAUAGAUCAGAUAGAGAUAUUAGCUCUAUCUCAGAAGACACAAGGCCAAGGUUCGAGAAACAGUCCACGAAGCACAGUUUCUUACAUUCCUUGGAGAAAAAGCUUGAAAAGUUUAGAUCAAGCGAAGAUGCUUCAAAAUCAGUGGUCAAUAACGGUAAUUUAAUUGAACAAAAAAUUCGAUCUUUGCGCGAGAGUUCUGCGCCGCCGAAGGAAUGCCCGUGCACGGAGUCCAGUUUAAUCAAACGAGCAGUUAGCGUAGAAGAUUUACCACUUUAUAGUGCAAACCUAAACCCGUCGAAGGGUAAAGUAAGCUCUGUACUGGGACUAUUCAAGAAUACUGAUACAAAACCAACCUCCAACGGGCAGCGACCACAAAGCAUGAUAUUCAGCAAGUUGAGAAAAAAUCCCUACAAGGGUUCUCAUUCUGACUCAACGACUGAUGCAGAUCUUACUGCUUCGAGUAAAAUACCUACAAAAGUUAGUAAAGCCGAUUUGAUAUCGUCCAAGAAGAAAUCAGAAGAAACAAAAUCUAUAUCUAAAAUGAAACCAAAUAAUAAGACUUCUCCUCCGAAGGAAUCACCCAGAGACACCCAUAAAUCCGACAGACCAUCUAGAAGUGUUAAAAGUUUUUCCCCAGAGAAAAUAAACAAAGAGCUUAAAAAGUCCAAUCCUGAAAAAAGUGUUGAUAAGAAAAAUGAUUCUACAGAUAAAGCAAAAACUUUGAAGACCAAGUCUCCAGACAAUCUUGCAGACAAUCGAUCUGAGCAACUUGAAAGAGUUGGUGAUAUAAAUCAGGCUGCAGGUGAAAUAUUUCCUGUCGAACAGUCGAAAGCUAUUCCGUCAGACAAAACAAUGGAUAAUCUUGAACUUGAAGGAAGAAAAAAUGACAAAGUUCGAAAGAUUGGUACAACAUCCUCCUUAGUGAAAAAUGAUUCUGUAAAAGGUAUUGACAAAGUUGAUGACGGCGAGAAAAAAGCAAAAAAAACUGUCAAAGCUAAAGAAUCCGGUGGAAAAGAAUCCGGAUCUGUCGAUGGAACUAAGAAAAAAAGGAUUGUUAAAGUUAUCAAGAAAGUUGUGAAAAAAUCACCAAACAGCUCGGAAAGCAAGUCUGAAGCUAAGGAAAAGCCUCGUAAAUUAUUGAGCAAGAAAAGCACCUUGUCAUCCGGUGAAGUGAACUCUGAUACACAAAUAUCAAAUGGUAUUGAUAAUUCACGAAAAGAUGACCCUAAAUUGGAAAACAAUACCAGCAAACCUGAUCCAUUGAAAGAAUCUAAAGCUCCCGCAAGUAACAAUGAUAAAAAUAAUGAAGCAUUUACAGAAAAUAAUACACCAGAAAUGUCUAACAAGUUAAAUGAAAAUUCAAUAAAUGGUGUGGAGUCAAAAACGAAUAAUUCGUUGUUAAACAGCAUAAAAGUUAUGGAAAAAAAUCAAUCCAACAACAUUCAGGAUGUUUCACAAGCUAAAUCUACAGAGUCACGGUCCAAUAGAAAUAGUUUGAAGCUAGACUUAUCAAAAAUUCCACAACACACAUUCAGGAGUCCGCAAAUUUUGAAGAAAGACUCGGUGCAAACGGAAUUGCCAAAAACUAGUUCAAGUGUAGAAACGCAUUUACCAAAGUUAUCUCAUGGCAAAGCACAAUCUACCUCGCCGGAAGAUGCGAAGAAGUUGAUACAAAACCUGUCAAAAAUAACUCAUCACGCAAACAUAACGGGAAACAAGAUCGUCAUCGAUAAACCAUUAUGCGCAAAGGACAUGGAAAAGCUUCAAAGUGACGCUGACGAGUGUAACAUUGAAAGCCGUGAAAAUAGCACUUCUCAAUCUUCGCAUGACAUCAGCAAAUCAUUCAAUUGCCCAAAACUGUCUCACGAUCAAAACAAAACCAAUGACAUUAACUUUACUACUGCCGAAGUGUUGCAACCACUUCCUGACACAGUACUCAAUACAACCAGGGUUACGUGUCAUCAAGAGAACGAAAUUAGCAAUGCAAAGAAUACAAAUGGAUGUUCACAGGAAAUAGGAAUAUCAAAGAAAAACUUUGAGUUAGACUUACCUGUACUGAACCCAAAUCCUAUUCCUCCACCAAAGGAAAGUCCAAUCGAGCAUCCAGAAGAGAUGUUUUCCCCUACAGAUGAUACAGAGAGUUUUGAUUCCUGGUCUAUAUGCUCGGCAGAUAUGAACCAGAGUCGGAGCGAAUUACAAUCGCCAACUUCACCCGCACGUUCCCCAUCUUUUCGAGCAGAUCAAACCGAAUCAGUAGGGGAUAGAAUAAGACGAAGAAGUUUCUACUCGAGAUUCAAUGACAGGAAAAGAAAAACAUCACUGAACGCUCCUCCGCCUGGAGUGUCUCUUCCUGUCAGCACAACACUCCCAAGAAAGUUCAGCUUUAACAGACCGCGGGAGAAUGAUCAUGAUAAACUGAAUAGCUACGUAUCACCGACGAAGAGAUACCAGGAGAAAUCUUACAACAUGUAUAACAACGAAAUUCAGCCAUUUAGAAGAUCGCCAAUUGACAGAGACAGAUAUUCUGAUGUGGGUACGGCAUCAGUAUACACCAAUGAUUUAAGAUCACCGAAAGAACAAUAUGGAAGCAGUUUGAGUUCAUCUUACGAUCCACUGCGAAAAUAUACACGAUCUCCAACUCUGUCCGAUUCGUCAAGCAUACGGAGGAAAUGUUAUAGUACCGACUAUGGCACGGAUAAUAAUGAAGCAACAUCAUACAGAAGUCCAUUGUCUAGUUCCUUAUUGAAUGAUAAUUCAUUAGAAUCAUAUUCUAACAGAAAUUUCAACACAUUGCCAAGAAAAUACGGUUCAACUGUGUCGAGUUCGGAACCGAAGACUGCUGAGUAUUACGAAGAAUUAUUAGCUCCGAAUAAUUCGAAUUACUUAACAUCGAGGAAGACUCCAACGUCUGCAGAUUCACUGAGCACUCGUGAGAACGGAUACCACAACGGAAAUUUAGAAUCACCACAAUUCAAGGCUGAAAAAUGGAAGACUACUGGGACCGAUGAUAAGAUGGCAGAACUGAAUCUGACUGAAACAAAUAAUGGGAGGCUCGGGGACCAAAUAAGCGACAAGAGCCAGAGCGUCAACGAAUCUAAGGAUCUGUCGUCAACAAUGUCUGAACCUCAGCCGAGUACUUCCACUAACCGAGAAUAAAAUUUUCCUUAUCCGUAUUGAUUCCUAAAUCUUAUAGGGAUAAUCAAACGCCAAACAAGUAUUCGAGCAUUUUUAAGUUACACUAAUAUUUUUCAAAACAACUUGCCAGCAGACUAAUAAUAUUUCGUUACUGAUUAGAUCUUCGUUUGAGUCAGAGAACAAUAUUAUUCAAUAAGCGAAGAGAAACGAAAUAGAUGCACAGUGAUGAAAGUGGGUAGAACACUAGGUAAUGAGAAAACUGUAGCCUUUUUAUAUCAAAAAUACGUAAAAUUUACAACGAAAAUUUGCGUUACAUGAUCGCUGCCUAUCUACGUAAUGUCGACAUUAAUGUUGUAAUAGAAAUAUUAUACGCAAUGAAGUAAACGUAGCAUUGAUCUACCAAUCAAAUGUAGACUUUCACACAUAUUUAGAUGGUCAAUUUAUAGCACUAUUUUAAUCAGGUAUCGUAGUUCAAGGGACUGUCUGAAUGUGGUUGGAUAAAUCUACGUUUAACAGAUUUUUUCAGUAUAAUAUACUUGCCAAGUUUGCCUGAUUUUUAGUAUCCCUUGAUAAAUUAUCAAGUUUUGAGUUUCUAGUUUUAGUUUAUUCUUUCCUUUUUAUAUUUCCUGUCAAAUGUAUACAAGUCAAUAUUUAUUUAAAUUAUUUAUGCUUGUGAUCUUGAUAAUUAAAGUAAUGUUAACGUUUUCAAUGAAAGUUUAUUAAACAAAAAAUUAUGAGCCCUUAACGAUUCGUAUAUAAUUGUAUUGCAUACAUGAAGAAAAAUGUUAUAAUUAAUUCUACGAUUGAUAAAUUAAUUCGUUUUGGCUCCAAUGUUUAUAGGAAUAUAAAUUAAAAAUUUGGCAGCUAUUGCAAAAACAGGAGUUUUCCUUGUGAUUCGAAAGGUUUCAUUGUGAUAGCAGCAUAAAUACCAGCAUUAUAAUAAUUGCAGUAUAAUUGAUUUAGUUUCCAACUUACGUCAAGAUAUACUGCAAUUUUUUUUAUAACAUAGAUGUUUUUAGCUAAUUUUUUCUAUUUGUUCGCCCUAAGUAAAUAAUGAUUCGAAUCUCUCAGAGUCUCUUGGUAAAUAUACUAUCUAAUUGAUGCCUAUGGUAAGAUUUAUCAAAGAAUCGACUCCCUAACAAUUACCAAGGGACUACUAUGUUUCAAAUAAAUCAUCGAACAAAAAUCUGUAGCUUGAUCCAAUUGUAACAUUAGACUGUUGGUAUAACGACAGCAGUUGUCGGAGACCAUAGAUGUCAAUUCAAACAGUCAAUACUGCAGAGCCUAAGCAAAUCUGUAUUAUCAGCGCGUAGUUAUUACGCUGAAUAUUUUUACAACAAUCAUUCGAGCCAGUAAUUGCAAAUGAAGACAGUCGGUCAAGCUAUUAUUAGCAUACUUGCAACCGCUCUCCGACUGGUUCAUAGUCUUCUGCAUGUUAUGUACGUGUUUUCUAUCGAUAUACAUAUUUUAAAAUAAAGUGCAGAGUUAAAAUGAA